AUGGCUACGAAUCUGUAUUCGACGAAUGCACCAACUGAAAAUUUAUCCGUACACGAUAUGUUGGCUUGGGUUAAUGAACGUUUGCAGGCGCAAUUUGGCAAAAUUGAAGAGCUUCGCGCACGAGCCUGUCAAUUUACGGAUAUGCUAUUUCCUUCUUCGGUGCCCAUGACACACGUCAAGUUUUGUACUAAUUCGGAGCAUGAAUAUAUUAAGAAUUUUAAAAUUUUACAAGUUUCAUUUGAAAAAGUAAAGGCUGACAAGAUAAUACCAAUUGAUAAAUUAGUCAAGGGCGAUUUUCAAGAUAAUUUCGAAUUUCUGCAGUGGUUUAAGAAGUUCUUUGAUGCCAUUUACGAUGGAACGGAUUAUGAUGCGAGUGCUGCUUGGGACGGUACGCAGGUGGGUUACGGAAAGACAAAUGUAAACAAAAUACUCUCUGCAGCUGCUGCCAUUCAACAAAAAUUCGAAUCAUUGAAGACAGCUUCAGCAGCACACUCAACGGUAUCAUCGUCAAUGGGAUUAGAGUCGACCACGAAAGCACAGAGAGCAAUUAGCAUCAUUAAGAAAUCCAACGAGAACGCCGUUGCUGCAACGAAUCAACGGAUCGACGAAUUAUCGAUUCAGAUUAUGUUUAUGCGUUUGAAUUUGCAAGGCUUAGAAAAAGAAGGAGACCUUUAUUUUUCCCGAUUGCUUGACAUUGAAAUUUUCUGCAAAGAAGUCGACAAAGGGGAAUCCUAUCCGUUGGUUCAAAAGAUGUUUGAAAUCCUCUAUGCACCACCCGACAAAAUUUCGCCGGAAGAUGGGGAAUACUAA